GAGGCUUCUCCCUCUCUCUCUCUCUCCCUCUCUCUCUGUGAUAUUUACCACAGUGCCGCCUUGCAACGCGCAGCGCCGGUUGCGUCGUAGUUCAGCGCAUGGCAAGGGCAUCACAAACGGCUAGGGAGGACGAUUUUUUCCUCCGUUCGCAGAGAAUAGCAAAUUAAAUCAGGAGGGACUCCCGAGGCGGUGCGAUGGUUUGACAUUUUAGAAAAGGAAUAGCCUUCUCUUUUUGUUUUUUGUUUUUGACCAACGUGGGCGCGUACAGACGGAUGGGAGUUCGAGAUGCCAACCAGCAAGCUAGGGGCACUUGAAGAGGAUGGAGACUUUAAAUAUGAGUGGUCUGGACCUACUUUCAUUAAAUAUCUUUUAAACGACAAAUAAUUUACAUUUCCUUACCACGGUGGAGGUGUGGCACCGCCGCGUGUCCGAUCGGCUUUCCGUGGCACAUGGAUGGAUGAGUUUUGUGCGAGAAGGCAAGAGUCUAUGUAACUUUAUAUAGGUCACCCCGCAUAAUAUCAACAAACUCAUAUCUCCUUUAAGUAGCAGGCUUGACGUGCGCUCUCGUGGAACUCGGAGUGUCACCCAGGUGAGCUCCAUGUUUCAUUUAGGACACACCGGCGGUACCUGCGGGACAUAGAGCACAGUUAGGACUUGAAGGCAGCGUCGGGCUGUGGGCCAGUGAUGCCGGACACAUUCACACUCAUAAAGAACCGGACAGAGCCACGGCUGGGGCAGCUAGAGCGCACACUGGCCACGGAGGGGAGUGCCCGCCCCGCCUGGGUCAUAGGAAUCCUGGCCAGCGUGUUGAUCUUCACCACCGUGGUGGACGUGCUGGGUAAUCUGCUGGUGAUCAUCUCGGUGUUCAGGAACCGCAAGCUGAGGAACUCGGGUAAUGUGUUUGUGGUCAGUUUGGCAUUUGCUGACCUUGUGGUAGCCUUUUACCCCUACCCCUUGGUUCUCUACGCCCUCUUCCAUGACGGAUGGGCACUGGGAAACACACAAUGCAUGGUCAGUGGUUUCUUGAUGGGGCUGAGCGUUAUCGGUUCCAUUUUCAACAUCACUGGGAUUGCAGUGAACAGAUACUGCUACAUCUGUCACUCAUUCUCCUACAGUCGGCUGUACAGCUAUCGCAACACUCUUCUGUUUGUUGCCUUAAUCUGGGUGCUCACGGUAGUAGCCAUUAUCCCCAAUUUCUUCGUCGGUUCCCUGCGCUACGAUCCACGGGUCUACUCCUGCACCUUCGCCCAGAAUGUCAGCAGUUCCUACACAGUGGCAGUUGUCGUGAUUCACUUCUUGGUUCCCAUUGCAGUGGUUACCUUCUGUUAUCUACGCAUCUGGGUGCUUGUGAUUCAGGUGCGACGUAAAGUGAAGACAGAGGAGAGCCCUCGCCUCAGACCAAGUGACUUGCGGAAUUUCAUUACCAUGUUUGUGGUCUUUGUGUUGUUCGCCAUCUGUUGGGCUCCACUAAACCUGAUUGGCUUGGCGGUGGCAAUCGAUCCGUCCCGCGUGGCCCCCCGUAUCCCUGAGUGGCUCUUUGUGGUCAGCUACUUUAUGGCCUACUUCAAUAGCUGUCUGAAUGCCAUCAUCUAUGGCUUACUCAACAGGAAUUUCAGGAACGAGUACAAACGCAUUGUCACCUCCGUCUGGGUGACUCGGCUUUUUGUGACAGAGACUUCGCGAGCUGCCACGGACGGCAGGAGCAUGAGGAGCAAGCAGUCUCCGCCUCCACCGCUCAACAACAACGAGUCAGUCAGAGAUCGCACAAACAAAGAAUAAAAUCGAGAUCCUAAAGCCUGUUAAAUGGUAUUUCCGGUUUUUAUGU